CCAUCCUACAUCCCCCCAUCAGAUAACAAUAAUCCCCAUCCAGCAUCACCACCGCCUAACUUAUCGAACUCUCCUACCACUCCUCAACAACCUCCCAACUUUCUCGCCAUGAAGUUCACUGUUCUUGUUGCUGCCCUUGGCCUGGCCAGCGGAGUCUUUGGUGCGCAAAACGACGCGAACACAGGUGCUGCUGCUCAAGCCCCAGAUGCGAAAGCCGCCCCCAACGCCCAGAAUGCUCCCAACGCCCAGAAUGCUCCCAACGCCCAGAAUGCUCCCAACGCUCAGAAUGCUCCCCAUGCACCUGCCGGCCAAGCAGCCAACGCCGCCCACGCUGGGCAACAAUCUGGCCAAUUCUAUCCCUACGGCGGUUACCCUUACGGCAGCUACCCCGGCUACGGCUAUCCUGGAUAUGGCUACCCUGGCUAUGGCUAUCCCGGCUAUGGCUACCCCGGAUAUGGCUACCGAUACCCUUACGGAGGUGGUGUCGGUGCCGGUGUCGGUGUCGGUGUCGGUGCAGGCGCCGGUGUCUUCUAA